AUAAAUAAAUGCGCGUAAUGGAAAAUUUUAUAAAAGAUGCGUUGUUUGAUACUGUGUGCAUAAAUUCAAAUAAUGAAGAGGAUAAAGAAGUAUUGAACAUCCUGACUGUUAUAGCUGCUGAAUCAAGUUCGUCAUCAGAGGAUUCAGAGCAAGAGCAGAUGGAGCAUCCACAAUGCUCUAAUUUUAUGGAUACUAUUGAUAAUUUUGAAGAUGAGGAUUUCAAAUAUUACUUUCGUUUGAGCCGCAAAACUUUAGAUUACUUAAUAGGAAGAUAUGAGGAAAGUGAAAGAACCUGUUUUGCUACGAAGUCCGGAAAAGUCAAAAUUCCUGCCAAAACAAUGAUCUGCAUGUACGUAUGGUAUUUAAGUAAUACAAUUACCUACAGACAACUAGCCAUAUUGUUUGGCGUUACGAAGUCCACAGCAUGGGCGAUUGUUCGUCGCGUUGUCGCGUGGGUUAUUUCAAUAGGUCAUGAGUUCAUUAAGUGGCCAACUGCAGAUGCGUUGGAAGAAACAACUCGCAAGUUUUUGCAAAGAAAGCAAAUACCAGGUGUUGUUGGUGCUAUUGAUUGCACCCACAUAACAAUUAACGCAGCCAUAAAAGACAAGCAUAUAUAUUUUGAUCGGAAACGGAAUUAUAGCAUUGCUCUACAGGCCAUUGUCGAUGCUGAUAAAAAAUUUAUUGACAUUUAUUGUGGGGAACCCGGAUCAUAUCAUGACUUUACAGUUUUAAAAAGGUCAGCAUUUUAUAGAAAAGCGGAAAGUAAUAUGGAAAAUUUAUUUCCAAAUUCUACUUUUAUUCUCGGGGACUCGGCAUACCCUUGUAAAUAUUACCUCAUUCCGAUGUUUAAAGAUUAUGGUUCGUUAACUCCUAAUCAAAUCAACUUUAACAAAACACAUUCUUCAGCAAGAAUAGUUGUGGAAAAUGCAUUUGGAGCACUAAAAGGACGGUUUCGAAGGCUUCUUAAAUUUACGGAGCACAGAAAUAUAUGUGCAAUUUCAAAUUUAGUGGCAAGUGCAUGCAUUAUGCACAACAUAUGUAUUAUAACAAACGACGAUACUAUUAUUGAUCAUCAAAUUGAAAGUGCCGAACCGGAGCCGGAACCUGCUAAUGAGGGGGCGAGAGAAGCAAAUGGAGGUCGUCGGAAUCAGUUGCUUACAAUUUUAACAUGAGGAAAUGAAUAAAUGUUUUAAAAUGCACUUUUAGAGCAACAUUUUUCUAGUACAUAUAUAUGUCUAUAUAAGCACGAGUACAUAUACAGUGGCGCAAACUCAAAUAAUAAAAUUGUUUCUUUUAUAUAAACACGUACAUAUACGUAUGCAUCGUGAA